AUGAAAAACAAUAGCAAGUUUUCGCCAAGAGUGUGUGAAAAACAACCGUUAGCCAAGAGACCUUCACCUGGAUUAGUCCGCUCCGACUACGUCAUGCCAGGUGACGAAACAAACGUCAACUUCAAUGAAGAAGCAAGUUUUUCGGAGUUCACUCCUGCAGGACCUAAACCUUCUGAAUACUUGAUGGAUCAAAUCAAAUUGGAGAAACCUACCAAGAAAGAAAUUGCGGAUGCGAUAAAACAGGACCCUAAAUCGUCAGAGGAAGAGCCGCUCAGGCCGGUGGCACCCAGUCCAUCAGAAUACCAGCUGGCAUCGCUCAACAAUCAGCUGUCCGCCGUGCCUAUGGUGGUUGCGUUCAAUGAAAAGGAGAGAAGAAAAGCUCAGGGCUAG